AUGCCACCCGGCCCAGCUGUCUUCGCCCAACCGGAGGCCUACCCGGGCCAUCGGAUCAUACAACCGCACGACAUGACAGCUAUUCCGGUUUAUCAUGAUACAGUAGUCAUUGCAAUUGAACAGCAAGGCAAAUCGAAGGAUGUUCGUGUCCCCAAGGUUACGAUCGGCUACAUGGUCAUACCAGACCCUCAGAGACCGACACAUAUCCUCGCCCGACUCAAGAUCAAGAGCGGCAACAUUGCGUCUGGUAGGUUCAUUCACCGUGAUCUUACGAUCCCUUUUAACUGA